UCAAUCUCUAAACAAGAAACAAUCUUAGUAGCUAAGUACGUACUAUUUUCAGAUCAAAGUAAUUAAAAAAAAAAAAAAAAUGGCCUCUCGUCUGCUUUUAGGAGUUGCUGUUUUGGCAUUAGCUACUUCCUUAGCUUAUGCCUCUGAUCCAAGCCCUCUUCAGGAUUUCUGUGUUGCAGUUAGUGAUUCCAAGGCCUCCGUGUUUGUGAACGGGAAGAUAUGCAAGGACCCAAAUCAGGUGACGGCCGACGAUUUCUUCUUUUCGGGCCUCAACAGGCCCGGAAACACAUCUAAUCCUCUCGGAUCAAGAGUCACGCCCGUCAAUGUGAACCAACUCCCGGGCCUCAACACGCUCGGCAUCUCUUUAGUCCGAAUUGACUAUGCACCAAACGGUCUCAACCCGCCACACACACACCCUCGUGCAACCGAGAUUCUUGUGGUGGUGCAAGGCACUCUAUACGUAGGGUUCGUCACCUCAAACCCGGCGGACCCAAACCAAAGGAACAAGCUCUUCACAAAGACGCUAAAUCCUGGGGACGUUUUUGUCUUUCCGGAAGGUCUCAUCCAUUUUCAGUUCAAUGCCGGGAGGACUAAUGUGGUGGCAUUUGCCGGACUUAGCAGCCAAAACCCAGGAGUUAUUACUAUCGCCAAUGCGGUUUUCGGUUCGAUGCCUCCUAUUUCGGUCGAUGUCCUCACCAAAGCUUUCCAGGUUGAUGGGAAUGUGAUUAAGUAUCUUCAGGGCCAGUUUUGGUCGGAUAACAACUAAGUAAAAUAAAAAUAUAUUGUGCACGCUCAUAUAAUAUAUUUAUGUAUGUGAACUUUAUUUGUGUAAUUGUUCUCCUGUUUGUUGUUUGGAAAUAAAAUAUGUGAAGUGAUGAAUAAUGUAAGUUUUGUUCUAUUUGGAGUACUAAAAGUUUGUUAUGUUUAUCAAUAUAUUGCAAUUUAAAAAGGGCAAAUAUUUUUUUACACUCCGAUAUAUAUA